AUGGGUUUCCGCAUCCUAGGUAUUAUUAGACUAGCAUCAUUAUCUACUGCUAAAACAACUCGCAAGGGACUUGAAGUCCCAAAAGGCUAUCUUGCAGUCUAUGUUGGAGAUAAGAUGAGGCGGUUCAUGAUUUCAGUAUCAUACUUGAACCAACCUUCAUUUCAACAAUUACUAAGUCAAGCAGAAGAAGAAUUUGGAUAUGAUCAUCCAACUGGAGGUCUCACAAUUCCAUGCAAAGAGGAUGAGUUCCUAAACGUUAUCUCUCACUUGAAUGAGUAA